AUGCCUAGCUGCGCCGCCACUUCUUCUCCCGCACCUGCCGUAUCUCUGGACUCGUCGCGACAGGGCAAGCGGGCUCACCCCGACGACGUCGAGGAUGGUGACGUCUCAUCCUCGACGUCGUCGCCACCGGCCGCCAAGAGGCGCCGGACUUCCUUGUCCCAUGAAGGGGGCUCGAGACAACUCCUCAGUCCCGCCCAAGGGGAUCAUAACUCCUCGUGGACGGACUCGGAUGACGCCCCUCCGCGGGCCCCCGCCGCCACCCCCUCUGCGAGCGUCACAUCUGGGGCUACGCCUUCCCUCUCAACCUCGCCCAACACAUCACCGUCGGGCGCGCCGCCGGUUGAGACAACCGAAACAACCACCAGCUACCGGGCUCGCCGCGGGCCGGACGGGGUCUACAACCCCUCGCGACCCCUCUACGCGCCGACGCUGUUGCCCGAGGCCUGGCUCUGCGAGCACGCCCGGACCGUAAUGGGGGAGGCGUCGUCCAGCGCACCCAACGGCAGCCCCGUCCAACCACCGCCUUGGUUUCAGCGCGACGACGACGACCGGGACCGGCCAACCAUGUGGAUUAAGGACUGGGAGACUGGCGCCAUCCGCCCGCGGCGGAAAAUGGAUGAUUUAUGGGCGGCGCGUCGUGAACGGGCGGGGCACGAGGGGAGUGACGCGGAUGAUGAGCGGGAAGGCACCGAGGAGAGCGAGGAGGGGAAUGAACAAGAGGGCCGGGAGGGGGAGGGAGAUGAAACAGGCGGAGGACAGCGGAGGGGAGAGAAAGAGGACGAGAGGGAGGUGAAGGAAGAGGACGAAAAGGUGCCAAAAGAAGAUGUGGAUAGCGGGAGGGACGUGAACAGGAAUCCAGAGAGCGAGAUAACGGCCGAAGAAGAGCGGGAGAUUAAAGGGAGGAGCUCGAGGGAAUCCGUUGAAGGGAAAGCUGUGGAUGUGGAAGGGGGAGGAGAAAAGGCUGCCAGACUUGCGGAAGAUGUGGAUGAUGUUAAGGACUGA